AUGGGGGAGCUCACGGCGGCGCCACCGUACCGCACCACAUUCUUACCCGGCGUCGCUCUGUUGAAACUCCAGAGAUACCCGCUUGAUUCAACCCGUAAAUGGCAUUGCCGGAGAUUGAGGCUGCCGUUGACUGCAAAAGCUCAGAUGGUGAAUCAAUCCACAUACUCGUCCAGAAUAUCCACAGAUAUUCCUCUCUAUGAAACUCCCGAGGCCUCGUUUGAUCAAUAUUUGGAGAAUAAGCCCAGGGUUUUCAAAGCAAUAUUUCCCGAUAAACGCCGGAGCCGGCAGCUUAAUGAGGAAAAGUGGAGGGUCCACAUGCUACCCAUAGAAUUCCUAUUCUUGACUGUUUCGCCAGUAAUCGACAUGAGGUUAAGGUGUAGAACUCAGGGGAUGGGAUACCCACAGGGAGUCCCUCGCGAUAUUACAAAGGUCUUAGAACUUGAUAUUGUCAGAUGGGAGCUUCAGGGCUUAGAUGAUAUGCUCAGACCAUCUCAAUUUUCCCUUGGUGUAAAAGGGGCUCUUUAUCCAGAUAGGCGUGGACCACGAACAAGGCUCAAGGGUCAACUACAGAUGAGCAUAACUUUUGAUCUCCCUCCUGUACUUGCUUUGAUUCCUGAAGAUGUUCGGCGUAAUGUUGCAGAAUCGGUUCUUAAGAGACUGGUGGAGAACAUGAAAGCCAAAGUAAAUGGCAGCUUGAUUGCGGAUUACAGCGAAUUCAAAAAGGAAAGUUCAAAGGCUUUAGCAUGA